AAGACAGAAAGACAGAGAGGAGAGGCAGAGAUACAGAGGCUAGAUUCAGAGAGCGUGUGUGUGUGUGUGUAGCAGCUAGUAAUCAUCUGCCAGUGUCUGAGCCAAUCAAAAGCCGCAGCCCAUUUAGAUUCUCAGUCUAUUCCCAGGAAAAGAGGUAGAAAGUGUGUUUAUUCAAUCAGAGUCAGAGAGAGAAGGACCAGAAGCAUUUUCUUUGGAGCGGCACAGCUCUUCCUUUCUCAUAUUUGCCAAGACGUGCUGGGUGAAAAGAGAUGGACAAGAUGAACCACAGCUCAGCUGAGGCAGAGGCUGAAACCAUAGAACCACUGCGUUACCUCAGCAAAGGGGAGGCAGCAGCAAUCGAGACAGAGCUACUGAGGGACUACAGGUUUGGACAACAGCAGCUGAUAGAGAUCUGGGGACAAGCAUGCGCCCUUGCCAUCACUAAGGCCUACCCUCUCAGCUCUCUAGCAAAGAAGCAGCCAACGGUGCUGGUGAUUUGUGGUCCAGAUCAAAAUGGCUCCAUUGGCCUGGUGUGUGCCCGACACCUGCGCAUAUUUGAAUAUGAGCCUACCAUCUACCACCCUAAACGCUCCUCUCACAGUCUACACCAGGAUAUCACAGUUCAAUGUGAGAAGAUGGACAUCCCUUUCCUCUCCUAUCUCCCCACUGAGGUGCAGCUCAUAAAUGAUGCCUACAACCUUGUCAUUGAUGCCAUGCUGGGCCCAGAGGCAGACUGUGCCGACAUUAAGGAACCUUACUCUGGUAUUCUGGUCACCCUGAAGCAAGUCAAGAUCCCCAUUGCCAGUGUGGAUGUGCCUUCAGGUUGGGAUGUAGAAGAACCAUGUCAGGACGGGAUAAACCCAGAAGUUCUCAUCUCACUUACAGCGCCAAAGAAAUGCGCCAUGGGUUUCUCAGGGAAGCAUUUCUUGGCCGGACGCUUCCUGCCCUAUGACAUUCAGAAAAAAUACGAGCUUAACCUCCCAGACUACCCUGGCACAGACUGUCUCAUAGAAUUGUAACACACGGGAAAUGUAAGGGCCGGUGCAGCCUCUCCUCAUUUUGAAAAACGUACAUUUAAUCAAUUCUCUUGUUUUGUAUUUUAUAGAUUGUUCAUGUGGUUUAAUGUCAACAUCUAAGUUGUGUGGAAGAGGUUACACCUUGGCCAAAUGUGCCGUUGAGCUACAGUGGAAGGAUAAUAUUUAGAAUCUGUGGUUUGAGUCAUGUCUGUUUAGGGAAUGGCAUGAAGAUUUUGUGUGUCAGUCUACUUAUAAAAGUUGUAGCAUUACACUGUUUUCUGAUUACUUUUGAAAAGACAAAAAUUUCUUUUUCCACAGAAAGCAAAGAAAGAGGAAUUUUCUAUUAUGCCAAUCACUGGAUUUUUAUUUUCAACACUUUUUUAAAUGUUCAUGCUCUGAUGCUUUUACGUUCCUAUGUUUAACUUUCUACUGAAGUGUGUUGCUGAGGUGAGUUGGUGUGGGUUGGCAAUUCCAAAUUUUCUCUUCAUGUGUUUUUAGUUUGGUUGGUCAGCCUGCACCUCUGCAUUACUUUUGUUUCAGUUAUUUCAUUAGCUGUGACAAAAGGU